ACUCGACAUAGCAUUACAAACGAUUUUUGAGGUUGUCGGCUGCAAGUUCAUAAAGUAAAACAAAUUUCGAACAAUUAAACUGAAUUAGUUAUUAAAAAAAGAUGUUUCGAAACCAAUACGACAGCGAUGUGACAGUGUGGAGCCCCCAGGGUCGUCUGCAUCAGGUAGAAUAUGCCAUGGAAGCAGUUAACCUAGGUUCAGCCACAGUUGGACUAAAAAGUAAAACUCAUGCUGUACUUAUUGCGUUGAAGAGGGCUUCUUCAGAAUUGUCUGCCUACCAAAAGAAAAUUAUCAAUAUAGACGAUCACAUUGGUAUUACCAUCUCGGGACUUACAGCAGAUGCUAGAAUUCUUAGUAGAUAUAUGCGAAACGAAUGCUUGAAUUAUAAGUACUCUUUGGAUACUUAUAUGCCGUUAAAUAGGCUUAUUAGUAUUUUAGGCAACAAAAUGCAAACAUGUACACAAAGAUAUGACCGCAGGCCAUUCGGUGUGGGUCUUCUAGUAGCUGGUUAUGACGAAUCUGGUUCUCAUAUCUACCAAACGUGCCCUUCUGCUAAUUUCUACGAUUGCAAAGCUAUGUCCAUUGGAGCACGCUCCCAGAGUGCAAGGACUUACUUGGAAAAACAUCUAGAUGAACUGCCAUCCAGUUCUUUAGAAGAACUUAUCAAACAUGGUUUGAGGGCUCUUAGAGAUACUCUACCUCCUGAGGUUGACCUCACAACCAAAAACGUCUCCAUAGGCUAUGUUGGCAAAGGUCAGAACUUCAAAAUCCUCGAAGAGGAAGAAACUUCCCCCUUCUUGUCCCUGAUUGAGGGUGAAGAACGCAGAGGAGGAGGAAGUGCAGCUGCUGCCAUUGAGGAUGCUCCUGCAGAUCCAUUGAGAGAUGAUGCGGGGGACGAAGGUCCCAGGGACCCAGUCCCUGCUGUGGCCAUGGAUACCACAGAAUAGAAGGAUUAGAUAAAGCAUCAAAGCCACCCAUUGAUGCUAUUGAUCAGGAGAGGGGAUUUUGGAAAGAAAUCUUGCCGUGGCUGUCUCUGUUAGUAUAAAACAAACUGGGGCAGUCACGGCAGAGCAUUGUUUGUUAUAUCCAUACUGUAUUUUUUAAGCUUUUAAUAAUAUUUUGAUUAAUAAAUUUAAUAUUUGCUUCAU